AUCAGAAGCAGUCAUUUAAAAGGCAGUGAUAGCAGAACACAUAUUUUGUAAUUAACUACUUGAUAUGAUAAAGUCCUAUCCUGAGGUUUGAUUAUGUCCGUAGUUGACUCAAUUGCUCGACACAGGUACGCUACUAACUACUGAAUUAACUCGGCAGAAUCUAAGGCAAUGAAUUUAUCUAUGUAACAACACGGACUGGUUCACAAUUCUUGUUUUAGAAUAUAUGGAAAAGUGAUAGAAAUGGUAGCAUACAACAGCUGUCUUCGCUGCAGCUAUUCUCUUGAAGACUAUCCAAAGGUACCAAUACUUCAGUCGACCCUUAUUGCUUUACUGAUAUUGCCAACCAUUAUUGGGAACCUACUGGUUAUUAUUCUCAUUCGGAAAUUUCGCAAUCUGCAUACUAGGACAUCAGUGCUACUGUUAAAUCUGUCGAUAGCAGACUGCGGCGUAGGAAUAUUUGUGACGCCUUUCGCUUUUCUUAACAGUCUGUCCACCUCGAUUGAUGAAUUAAAUAGCGCAACUGUUCUUUGCAAAAUUAGUGGUGUGCUCAACUUCACCUUCUGUCUCGCCAGUAUCUCUACCCUGACUGCAAUCUCCAUAGAACGUUACUAUGCAAUAACUCAACCACUUUACUAUCACAAAAUUGUGACAAGACAGAAAAUGACUUUGGCGUUAAUCUUUACCUGGACAUACUCUUUUAUUUGGUCAAUAAUCCCCUUUGGGAUUAGUGACCAAAAUUAUGUAUUCUUUCAAGAUAAUUAUGUCUGUAUUCUAGACUUUGCAUAUUUAAAAAUAUUCUCAAGCCUACUUUCUUUAUUUUGCUUUAUGAUACCACUGAUCAUAAUUACAUUUUGUUACCUUUCAAUAUAUAAAAUUGCAAGGAAGCAACUAAAACAGAUCCAUGAUAUAGAGACAGCUGUUAACCGGCGAAACACAGAAAGCAGCUUUCAAGUAGAAAUCUCUGAAUUAAGUUGUAAUAGCAGGGUCGAAAACAGAGAACAAGGUGAACGUCGUCGCAGCUCGCGAUUUAUAAUGCUGAAAUCACGCAAGAGUAAUCAAAUGAAAUCAAAUAAAACAAUCAAAGAUCUUAAGGCUGCGUUCACACUGUUCAUCAUCAUGGCAAUCUACAUCGCAGGAUGGCUACCGUAUAAUUUAGGAAUUGCAUGUCAUGUGAUAGAAACCUGUAAAUGGCAAUGUUCUUAUUACCGUGUCUCAACGAUACUUGUUUUUGCAAGUUCAAUGUGCAACCCGAUCGUCUAUAUUAUACGCUUUAAGCAAUAUCGUAAAUACCUUAAAAGGUUAUUUAGAUGCAGGGAGAGGAACAGGUCGAUUGCUGUGAUUGAGUUGAAUGAAGGGAUCUACUAACACAAGGCAUUCAUCAAGUUUUAUUGGAUGUUUAUAGUAACUUUAAUGUAUUAAUUGACAACGGUUUACAAUAAAAUGAGGCAUGUCGUAGCGAAAUGGUUAAGUUGUCGCACAGGCCAGUAUUGAGUAAAUGAGCUAUCAAAUAUGGUAGCUGAAAAAAUUCCCUAAAAAUCCAAAUAUUUUUUUCACUAUAAAUCAACAGUUUAAUGUUUUAUUAAUCAUGUCCCAAAGUAUUAGUUCUGAAGUGGUCAACAAAUUGUUUAUUUAAUGUUACAUAGU